AAGGUUGACAACCCCUGUUAUAAACAAUUUAAUUCUGUUACAACAUUACGGAAUGCAUGCUUCUCGCGAUUCAUGUAUUUGGUUUGGUUGUAAUGGUUGUAGGCAUAGACAGUAUAUGGGUUGUAGGCUACAUGAUCCCACAAUGCUCCACUUCAUGAAGCAGGACUUCCGGCAUAUGACGUGUCUGCAGAAGCGGAUGCUGGUGGCUACCCAGUGUGGAUGUCAGAUGCAGUCUUAAAACUGCGAAGAGGAGCAAGUUACCGUCUAAAUUUUGGGUGAAGAUUGGCCGGUGUGACGAUGUUGCGGUGGCUGCUUGGGGCUGUGCUGCUGGCUCGAGCGGCCGGAUUCUACCUACCGGGUCUGGCACCCGUGAGCUUUUGUGAGCCUGGAAAAGACCAAGUUCCGGACUGCAAGUCGACCAUUGAGCUGUUUGUGAACAGGUUGGAUUCAGUGGAGUCUGUUCUGCCUUAUGAAUAUACUGCGUUUGACUUCUGCUCAGAGAAAACAAUGAAACGUCCAUCAGAGAAUCUGGGCCAGGUUCUUUUUGGCGAAAGGAUUGAACCCUCACCGUACAAGUUUGAGUUUAAGAAACCUGCAAUGUGUCAGAAGGUGUGUACCCAAACCUACGACACCAACAGCCCCCCAGACAAAGCCAAACUGGACUUUCUCAAGAAAGGCAUGUUACUCAACUACCAACAUCACUGGAUUGUGGAUAAUAUGCCAGUCACCUGGUGCUAUGAUGUUGAAGAUGGACAGAAGUUCUGUAAUCCUGGUUUCCCUAUUGGCUGUUACGUGACAGAAGCAGGUCGCCCCAAAGAUGCCUGCGUGGUUAAUUCUAACUUUAAUGAAAAGGAUGCUUUUUACAUCUUUAACCAUGUGGACAUCACCAUCCAUUACCACAUCGUUGAGCAUGAACAACUGGGAGCACGAUUGGUUGCUGCCAAGAUUGAACCCAAAAGCUAUGAAAACCCUAACGAUAGCCCUGAUUGUACUGGAGGGCCAAAGUUCCUGAAAAACAAACAAACAGGAGUGUUCAACAUCCCAUACACCUACUCUAUCAACUUUGUGGAAGACAAGAAUAUUCGUUGGGCGUCUAGAUGGGACUACAUCCUGGAGUCAAUGCCUCACACCAACAUCCAGUGGUUCAGCAUAAUGAACUCUUUGGUGAUUGUGUUGUUCCUGUCUGGAAUGGUAGCCAUGAUCAUGCUGAGGACUCUGCAUAAAGAUAUCGCCAGAUACAAUCAGAUGGACUCAGUGGAGGAUGCUCAGGAGGAGUUUGGGUGGAAGUUGGUCCAUGGAGAUGUUUUCCGUCCUCCCAGGAAGGGCAUGCUGCUGUCUGUUUUCCUCGGCUCUGGAACCCAGAUCUUCAUUAUGACCUUUGUUACCCUUUUCUUUGCCUGUCUUGGGUUCCUCUCUCCGGCGAACCGUGGGGCUCUGAUGACAUGUGCUGUUGUUCUCUGGGUUCUUCUGGGAACUCCUGCUGGAUAUGUGGCUGCUCGCCUCUACAAAUCUUUUGGAGGAGAGAAGUGGAAGACCAACGUUCUGCUGACAGCUUUCCUCUGCCCUGGGGUGGUAUUUGCAGAUUUCUUUGUGAUGAACUUGAUCCUGUGGGGUGAAGGGUCUUCAGCAGCCAUGCCAUUUGGGACUCUGGUAGCCAUAUUGGCUCUUUGGUUCUGUAUCUCAGUGCCACUUACCUUUAUAGGAGCAUACUUUGGCUUCAAGAAGACAGGUAUUGAGCACCCAGUGCGGACCAAUCAGAUUCCUCGUCAAGUCCCAGAGCAGUCAUUCUACACAAAGCCUUUCCCUGGUAUCAUCAUGGGAGGAAUUCUGCCCUUUGGAUGUAUAUUUAUUCAGCUGUUCUUCAUUUUAAACUCCAUCUGGUCCCAUCAGAUGUACUACAUGUUUGGCUUCCUUUUCCUUGUCUUCAUUAUCCUGGUCAUCACCUGCUCUGAGGCCACCAUCCUGCUCUGCUACUUCCACUUAUGUGCUGAGGACUACCAUUGGCAGUGGCGUUCCUUCCUGACCAGCGGCUUCACUGCAGUCUAUUUCCUGGUCUAUGCCGUUCAUUACUUCUUCUCUAAGCUGCAAAUCACUGGACUGGCCAGCACCAUCCUGUACUUUGGAUACACCAUGAUCAUGGCUCUCAUCUUUUUCUUAUUCACAGGUUCAAUCGGCUUCUUUGCCUGUUUCUGGUUUGUUACCAAGAUCUACAGUGUGGUUAAAGUGGACUGAAGGAUCCAAACACGCAGACUAUAUAAGGCUGGAGGUUGCUUUCUCCCACUAACCUCUGGAACAUUCAGCACUGUCAAAAUGAACUGAACAAUACAAUCUGAAUCUUCAACUCCUCGUUUCCUCAAGCAGAGAGGACUCUGCCUCAGACAGAUGACAUUUUUCUUUGUUUGUGUGCCUAUGCUGUUUGUGUGUGAGCAUGUGUACAGUACACUGGGUUGUAAUUUUGAACAUACAGUAUCUAUCUGCUAAAUGAUUCAUAAUGCUACAAGCCUGUUCCCAGUAUCUGACACAAAGACCCACAGCUGGACUGCCAAAGACUGUGUCAGCUAUCAUGUCAUGCAUUUUAGGUUUAUUUCAUGAUCCAUGCACUCUGGGUUUGCAGAUGUAGUUGAAAAUUGUAGUCAGACAAAUAAAGCUGCGAGGCUCUGCUUCUUAAAAGCUUC